AUGAUGUCUAGUGACUUCUCGACGUAGUGGGGGGAAAAGUUGAGACCGUCUCAACUUUUUCAGUGUGCCGCAAAAUACGACGUAUCUAAAAUGGACGACGAAAAUGAUGAAAUCGCAAUGAUGUAGACAUGCGGAAUUUGCGAAACAAUUUGCGACGUUGAUGAGGUGUCGGACCACGUAUGUCUAGAGGGAUACAGAGGAUGUUAUGUCGAUGAGGCGACACGUUAUUUUUAUCCACUUUUAAAUGGAAGAACGUGUCUACGCCGUGUCUACAGUAAUGGCGUAGAGCAAGUAGUUGAGGUCGACAUUGAUGCAACCUUCAACCAGAAUAUACGUCUUGAAGAAAUUGUCUCAAGAAGAGGAAGAAAAUUUAAUUUUAUCCGUCCAAAAUAGAAGGCCUCUGUGGGACGUUAGCCAGCCGGUAGAACAGAGAUCCGAGCAAACCCGAAGACGACUUUGGGAAGAAGUUGCUGUUGAAUUGAAUGGAGUACUCGACGCAGCUGCUGUACAGAAGAAAUUUAAAUCAUUACGCGAUACACAUCGCAAAAUUAUUCAGUCGGAGCAGUACCUUCCGAGUGGAUCUGGGAGAAAUGAAAAUGAUGAGGACAGUCACAAGUGGAAGAACUAUGACGUAAUAGAGUUUCUUUGAUACUUGGGUUCAUAUCUUGACAGAGUUGGAUAUAUUGCAUUGCGAGCGGUAAAUUUAGUCACGUGACUAUAUUUGACGCUAAAUCGUAGCGUCAAUGAAAUGGGAC